CGUGCCCCUGCCGCCGCUGUUGCGGCCGCGCGCGUGGCCGAGCGCGCCGUCGCCGAGAUCGAGGGCGACAGAUAUGACGGCGGCGGCAAGUACGCAGACUUUGCGGAUCGCUGCGGAGGGACGAGGUCGCCCCUGGAGCUCCUCGGCAUCUGCGAGCAGCUCUACUGCGAGAGCGCUGACUGCCACCUCUCGCUCGUGGACGAGACGGGCUUGUGGACUGCCGACCGCCACCCCCUUAACGCAGAGGGGCGCGGCGACGAGGACAGCGUCUCGCAACGGGAGGAGAGCGUCACUAAGAUCGGCAUCAUAGACAUUCGCAAGGGGCCAUGGUACAUGAAGUGCCCAGAGCACAUGAAGCGCGAAGUUCGUCCAGGAACGCAGUACUUGCUGCUCCACUGGGGCACCUCGCUUGAGGGGGCAAGGCGAGCAUUCGCCAAGGACGUCCAGAAGAUUAAUCGCACAGCACAGCUUUCCGUCACGAACGGUGUGAAGGCGUGCAAGGAGUUCAAUCUGCGCAUGCCGAAGGACGCCAUCAGGUUUCUCAUCGACGUUGGCAACGUCGCCAACGAUCAGCAGACGCCGACGACGUUUGUGGAGAUAUUGGAGAACACGGUUGGCAUUGAGAAGGCAUGGACGAAUAAGAAGAGCGCGAACGGUUGGUCUGCUCCAGCUUUGGGUGGACAGGCGAAGCCCGAGGAGUACAAGUUCGAGUUCACCAAGACCAUGUCGAAGGAUUGGAGGACGUAUCGCAACUACGAGCUGUGCAACACGUUCUACAGGGAGAGCAAGACGGUGUUCAUCGACGGUGCUACCACUGUGUGGGCGGAGUUCAAGAGGCGCGCCCUUACCGAGAUUGCGUUCACGCACCUAAUGGCGUCGAUGCAUGAGCGGACCUUCAUCGCCCUUGCGUCUGCACUUCGGAAGUUGCGCUACAACCACCCUCAGUUCAUCGUGGACGUCAUCAUGCAGUGCCUCCCCGUGACCCCUACAGCAGGCAACAUCGGCAAGGGUUUCUUGCAUUCUGAAGGACUGGCACCCAUCGGCGUGUUCAAGGAGGAUGUGAUCGACAGUCGGAUGGAGUCAAUGAAGGAGUCGGCUGUCUGGAAGCAGCUCAAGGCGGACAAGGCGAAGCGCAGCGAUAUGCUCCUCCAGGCUGCUCAGGAGGCGCAGUCAGCGGUGCAAUCAGAAACGGGUACCAAGAAGGAUCUGAGGGAGAAAAAGAAGAGCCAGAAGAAAGCCGAGAUGAUCAAUAUGAAAGCCCCGAGAGCAGACCUCGUCAUCGACGAAGAGAACGACGUGGAGUUUCUGCACCACCUGCACGAUGCCAUCGGGUACAUGCUGAAGAUCGACUCGACGAGGCACGACGACAUCGCGUCCUUCAAAGGCCUUGCGAUCCGUGGCUGCCUGAUGGACUCUGUGGAGGAAGAGCAGGCUGCCUUGGCGACGGCGGCUAUCGAGGACAAGACGAUCACAAGGGCUACCGCGGACGAGAAGGCAGAGGAGUACAUCUCGCAGGUUGCAGCGAUGAAGGACCACUUCGUCGAGAAAAACAGCAUGCGCCCCAUGGGUCGCAUGUGCGCUGCGGGGCCUUUGAGCAACGCGAUGGGCAGGGUGGCUGAGAUUGUGCAGAAGCAGACGGUCUUCGAGUCCUUGAAGGAGGCGGCGCUCGCUAUUACCCAGGCUGCCAUUGAGGAGGUGCGCGUGGUGAUUCCAGCUGGGCGGGACAUCGUCGUAGACUUCGUCGUCGAGGCAAAGGCGCAGGCCAAGCUAGGCGACCUCGCGCUCACCGACUGGAACAGCCUGCUCAAGCUGGGCAACAACAACUUGUCCAACGGCUCCGUCUACCUCGGCCUGCUGAGGGUGCAGAAGCGGAUGCACAUGCGCAGCGCCCUCGGUUUGCAGUGGUGCACUGCGCGCGAGGGUGGCGACCAGCAGAAGCAAGCCAAGUUCUUACCGCAGCUCGUGCAUCAAUCACUGCCGGAGGCGAUGGGCGAGAUUCAGUCGAGCGUGCCCCAGCCUUUCGAUUUCAAGACGCCCGAGAAGCUGAACAAUAUCACGAAGGAGUUCACAGAGUACCUCGGCUUGCGGGGUGCGCCAGCAAGCCCGUGCACUGGGAGACGCGGGCCGCGGCGUGGAUUGAGGAGCCCUUGUUGCUACGACGUAGCAGUCGCGGCCGAUGGGCUCGCCUACAAAGUGAAGAAGGCCCGUGGCCUGUGUGUUCUGCAGGCAGCGACGGCAGCGCAGAUGAAGCACUUCGUCAAGAACAACAUCAAGAAGGAGCUCAAGGUAUCUGCACAGGUGGACGUCUUCACGAACGAGAAAAACAAGAUGGUGAAAGAGAUCAUUGAAGCGAUGGACGCGGAGCACGCGGCGGAGUUAGCCUCCGACGCGGUUCAAUCGGCUCCGACGCAAAUGAUAUUGAACCGAGUUGCGUUGCAGACCAAGCCAGCGUUGAAGGAGAAGAAGCCCAGGUCGGAGAAGAAGAAGGAUAAGAAGGCCACCCAUGGCGGCGAGAGCGACGAGUCUGACAAGAAGGCUGUGGAGCCGCCCUUGCUGCGAGAUUGGUUCACUGAGGCCCAAGAGCGAGAGUCCGCUGUGACCCAAUGGAACUCGGAGCUCAUGAAGAAGGUGAUCAAUGCCGCGGUGUCGGAGAAGAUUGCGCAGGUGAUGUUGGCCGAGGGCCCUUGCCCUGCAGGCUACAACCUGGUACUCGGCAUCAAGGAGGAGGCGACAGCGAAGGGCGCGAAGAAGACCUCAGUGGAUAUCAUUCGCAAGAACGCCCCCAACGCCACCGGGUGCAAGCUCCCGUGCUGGGGGAAGGUCGUGGACGGCAGCGUGGCCCAGCACUUGCCGAGGCACUCGGUCAUGCAGCUGAAGCUUGCAAGCGCGUGGCUCAUCACGGACGCGCAGCCCUCGGACAAGGACAUGGGCGCAGAUGUGCAGGAGCCGCCGAAAAAGAAGGCGCGGAAGUCGGCUGCGGGAGUCGAGUACGAGCCUCACGACACGCACGAAGUUCAUUACGAGCCGAUGCCGAUCGAGAUCAUGGUGAAUGGCGAGGCCGCCAUCUUCGACUACACCAGGCCGUACCUGAAGGACGUCACGGGCGACGGCAAGGAUGUGCACGACAUCCCGCGCCACCGCAGGGCGGUGGACAGCGACGAGAUGGACGUCGAGAAGAAGGCCAGGGCGCCUAAGGGCGCCUCUGGCUUUGCAGCCCACUAA